CAGUCAGGUGGCAGAGAUCGGAGUGAACGGUCUGUGGGAAACAUGUUCGCCAGCAGAGGAGUCCUGGUGCUGGUAGUGCUUCUGGUAUCGGCAAUUGGUGGCCAAUCGGAGUCGAUUCCAUGCAAGCUCAAGGAUGAAAAGCAUGGCAAAGUGUGCGUCUGCACGGCGGACUAUUGUGACUAUCUGGAGAACCCCGUCCUGACGGACGAAAAUGAGUGGUUCCUGAUCUCCAGCUCCAAGCAGGGACUGCGAUUCUCCACAACCAGUGAUAAAUUCGGCAAGCAGGAGAAGAUUACCGUGCAGGAUUAUGUGGAAGCCACCCAGGUGACCGCGAAUGCAACUAUCCUGUCUCGUCUGCUCGACCAGGUGGUGGCCAGUGCCUUUACCUUGGAGUCCCGGGAGAGUUCCAUAACUCGCACGGUGACCCUGCGAUUGGACCGAAGUAAGACCCACCAGAAGAUGGUUGGCUUCGGUGGCAGCUACACCGGAGCUGUGGAGUAUCUGGUGGACAACUUCAAGCGUUCGGAACUGGCCGACCAUCUGUACAAGUCCUUUUACGCCGAGGACGGACUGGGCUUCAAUCUCAUGCGAGUUCCCAUUGGCGGCUGUGACUUUGAACUGGAGGCCUGGUCAUAUGGCGAGGAGGACACCUCGCUGUCCGACAUGGAUGAACUGAAUGCGCAUGAUGUGAAGCGAGUGGCGCAGAUCAAGCGACUCAUCGAGGUGUCCGGAGUGAAGAAUCUGUUGGUCAAAGGAGCCGCCUGGAGUUCCCCGCCCUGGAUGAAGACCAACAACCGCUGGACAGGAUUUGGACGACUCAAGCGGGCUUACUACCAGACAUGGGCCGAUUACCACCUGCGUUGGCUGAGGCUUAUGAAGAACAAUGGCAUUCCCAUUUGGGCCAUUUCCACGGGCAACGAGCCCUUGAACGGCAUCAUUUUCAUGUACUUUGUUAAGUUCAUGAGCUUGGGAUGGACGCCACAGACCCAGGCCAUUUGGCUGAACGAUCAUCUGGGUCCCACUAUCCGUAACUCUGAAUUCAAGGACAUCAUCCUGUUUGGCAACGACGAUCAACGCUAUUCCUUUCCCCAUUGGUUCAAAAUGAUGAAUCGCACUCGUCCAAACUCGAUUGAUUACCUGAAUGGAUUAUCGGUGCACUGGUAUUGGGAUGAAAUUUUUGGCAACAGCUUCAUCGAACAGACCACGGAAUACGCCCCCGACAAGUUACUGAUUGUUUCCGAGUCCUGUAUCGGGGAUAAGCCCUGGCAGUCAGCUACUCCUCUGCUGGGAAGCUGGGAGCGGGCGGAGAAGUAUGCCCGGGAUUACCUGCUUAACAUUAGGCUGGGCUUCCAUGGCUGGAUCGACUGGAACAUUUGUCUGGACGAGAUGGGCGGGCCCAACUACGUGGACAACACGGUGGAUGCACCAGUGAUUGUCAAUACUACAACAUUCGAGCAGUUCUACAAGCAGCCCAUGUUCUAUGCCAUUGGUCACUUCUCCAAGUUGGUUCCGGAGGGCUCAGUUCGUAUAGAUGCCGUACCAAGUAAUAUUAAUCUGGACUCUGUUGCAUUCCUGCGACCGGACAACAAAAUCGCCGCCGUUCUCUUCAAUAGUGGACGUGCCGAUCUGGACAUCACUUUGGUGGAUAGUAUUCGGGGUCAGUUCGUCGUCAAUGUUCCGGCCAAGUCCAUUCACACUUUGCUGUACAGUUGAAAGCAUUUGAAAUAAAUAGCUUCUCAAGUUCUUUGAAAUGCC